UGUACACCUCGGGCAUUCCACCCUUUUUAUUUUAAUUAUCCGGCGUCGAUGACAUCAUGUCAAUCCACUUGAUUUCACAUGGAUCACGCUCACUAGGUACUGAGCCAUUGUUUCGGUUCAAAUGUGGUGAUACAUUGAAUUGCUAUUUUCAUCCUCGUAAUUUUGUUAUUGUGGUGUGAAGCGAGUGAAUUUGGGGAGGAGAGUGCGAUGAUUAUUUAUCGAUAAACAGAUGAAAGUUAAUGAGAUUAAUUAAGUUUUGUCGGGGGAGACAUGACUGAAUGUGAUCUGAGAGACGUGGAGACAUGGAAUGAGCGUGCUGACUGCAGGGCUGUUGGAUUAAAAUAAGCCGCAAGUACAGACCUAGUGGGAAUACGUAUUAAGUUAAAGCGGGGCUAUGGCGCCUCCAGACAGGAUAACAAGAUGCUCACCAGCUCCUCCUCCGCGCUCGGGUGCUGGCUUCAGUCACUCGGUCCUCGAUUUGGCACAAAUUCGCGCACUGGUGGAGUCAACCGGCAUGGUGGGUGGCUCCAUGUGUCCAUCAUGCGAAAUGCCAUUCGACAAAGGAAAGAAACGUCGACUCAUUGAUUCCUGUGGCCACGAGAGAUGCUACUCGUGUCUAUUUCGUAGCGAGGCAUGUCCAAUAUGCCGUAAUAUAUACGAAAGUAGACGAGAUGAUUCUGUUAUACUGCAGGAUGACAUUGUCAAUUAUGACACUGGUUUCUGCUCUUCCGAGCCAGUUUCCAUAAUUGCAAAUGAGGACUGGAAUGACGACGUCUCGGCGAUAAACUCCCUCUGCGGGAGUCCACGACUGAGGACCAAAAACACCAGAAACAUGAAUCGUAGUGUGCAUCAGGGACUGGAGAGCGUCACAUUUUCAUCAAUGAUGGGAAAGGGACCAAAGGGCAAGCCGCCGGUUCUUCCGGAGUUAAUUGCCUCUCAGUCCCGUCACAAGGCUCAAGUAAUGGCUCAAAGCUGCCCAACGCCUCCCAAUCAAAGGAGACGAUUCUUCUUGAGUCCGAAGGGCCUGAAGAGUCCGUUCACACCCCAGAGGUCGAGAAGGGGCGCGGCGCCGCCACCGGAACAAGGAAAUGAUAAUCCAUCUGCGCUUUCAGAUGACGAAGGAGGUAGUGUGAAGCCACUGUCCUCGAAGAAUCGAAAAUCCUCGCAGUCCGAUCUCUACAUGCGCCUGGGACUUCUCCUGGGCUCAGGCCACCUCCGCACCUCGUCCGGAGUGGACAGCACAGGCAUGCCAUGCUCAAAUCGAAAUCCCUCAUCAUCACAGCCCCAACGAUCAGACGUCACGAGAUGCCACGAGACAUCCUUCAGCAGUUUAACGAGUUACGACCAGCAGACUAUGGCCUCGACAAAUACCAGCCCCGUCUCCACACUAACAGGCACAUCAAGCGAGGCUGAAGUGGCAGCAGCGCUGCGCACCCCCAUAAAACCAAAGGGGAAAUCAAAGCAAAAAUCGAAAAUCAAAGACUGUGAUUCGGCGGGAAGCCUCGCCUCGAUAUCCACCUCGAUAUCAGCCUCAACUUCCAUGUCGAUGUCGAUGUCGGUAUCGGUCUCGGGCCUCUCCAACGGCAGUUGCAGCCCCCUGACCCCACGCAAGCACUCGACAAACCCCGAGGACGAUGCGGGCCUGAAGAACCGAAGGUCCUGUGCAAGAAAAUCCGGUCGAGGGUCGGCCAAGCCCCUAGAAUCGAAAAUGAGAUUUCUGUCUCAUCCUGUGGCGCAGCUCACGCUCAAACCCCUGUUCUUCGAGGUCCCGUCGGUCGAGGCAGAUCCCCUGUUCACCGGUCGCUUUUGGCUCCUUCAGGAGCUUGAGAAGGUCAUCAAGGGCUCCAGCCCUGGAAUUCUCAUUUCAGGGGCUCCAGGCACAGGCAAAACGUCGCUCAUUCUCCAAUUGGUGGAACACAGCUGUUUUGGGAGGAGAAGAGAGCAGUCCCUGAGGGCGGAAAUUGCGGAGUGCGAUGAGGACGAGACCGACCAGAGCCAGCGACCCCCGCCCUCAACAUUUGAAAUCAAUAUGAAAAAAACUAAUGAGAAGAUAAGGGAGAUAGCGUCACACGUUGUUGCUUAUCACUUUUGUCAGGCUGACAACAACAGCACUUGUUUGGUACCUGAUUUAAUUCAUUCGAUAGCUGCCCAACUGUGCCAGGCCCCUCAGUUAAUUGCGUACAGGGAGUACUUGCUGUCGGAGCCACAUUUGCAGGGCUCACUGUCCCAGAGAGAGUGCACAGUGGACCCUGACCUCGCCCUCUCUAGGGGCGUUCUGGAGCCAAUGCUGACUCUCAGGAAGGCUGGACGACUUCCUCAAGUCAAUAUGGUGGUGCUAAUUGAUGCCAUUUGUGAUGCCGAGUACCACAGGCCUGACAGGGGUGACACCAUUGCCUCCUUUCUCACUAGACAUGCACCCAAUUUCCCCAGUUGGAUGAAAAUUAUUUGCACUGUGAGGAGCGAACUCAGGGAGUGCGCCAAGGCUUUUCCGUACACUAGAAUUUGCCUGGAUAAAAGUGCCAGUGGCACCAGCGGUGUGUCCAUUGGCAGGGAUUUGUCUGAGUAUAUUAGUCAUAGAAUGGUGCAGAGCACUGUUAUUCAGGCCAAUGUGACGGCUAAUGUCAAUGGAAAGGAGUCCUCCUGCGGGGCUAAUCAGAACAGGUUCGCCACUCAUCUGCUCUCACUUGCGGGGGGCAGCUUCCUCUUUGCCAAACUCACGCUUGAUCUCAUUGAGAGUGGACAUCUCGUUGCUAAAUCUGCGUCUUAUAAGGUUUUGCCAGUAUCAUUAGCACAGAUAUUCCAAUUACAUUUUAACCUGAGGUUCCCCACUGCCACUUCGUUCGAAAAGGUCCAGCCCCUUCUUGGCGUCUGUCUGGCUGCCCUUUAUCCACUUACCCUUCCGGAAAUUUUCUACUCUGUUAAUUCGUUGUAUACGGAGCAGUUCGUUUCAUGGGAGGAAUUUUUACAGAGAUUCAAGAUGCUCUCUGGUUUUCUCGUGAAACGUCUGGACGACACCUACAUGUUUUUCCACCCCUCCUUCAGAGAGUGGUUAAUCCGUCGCGACGAGAAUGAAUCUCCGAAAUUUCUCUGCGACCUCCGCCUGGGCCACACAGCAAUAGCGUUUCGCCUGGCUCGCCUCGAGUGUCCCCUCGCGGGUGACAAGGUUCUCGAGCUGGGUCACCACGUGUUAAAAGCCCACUUCUACCGAGGUGUGACCCCCUCCUUCCCCUCGCGAGACCUCCAGGCCUGGUGGAUGACCUCGUCGUCGGAGUGCGUCUCCUCAGCCCUCUGCACCCUCCGCAACAUCUACAGUCCCAACGUCAAGGUGUCGAGAUUGCUCCUGCUGGCAGGAGCCUCCCCCAACCACAGAACAGAUUACCUAGGCAAUGCCCCAGUCCUCUGCAUGUACGCCCACGAGGGCUCGGUGGAGAUGGUGUCUCUCCUCCUGGAGUUCGGAGCUGACGUCGAGCUGACGAACUCCCAGGGCUGCACAGCCCUGUCCCUCGCCUCGUCGCGAGGCCACUGCGACGUUGUUCGUCUUCUGGCUGGCGCCGGGGCCUCGUUGGGCCACGCCGACAUCGCAGGCCAGUGUCCGCUGGUCCAUGCAGCACGCCACGGACGUUUUCCAGUGGUCGGUUACCUCCUGGCUUGCGACUGGUCCAUUCCCCCCUCCGAAAGUCAAAUUGAGAGAUCAGACACUGCGUCCGAGAUCUCUCGGGAGGAAGCAGCCCAACAAGCGGUCGUCGCCGCCGCCUCCCAGGGCCACGAAUCAGUGGUUGAGUACCUCCUGGACAUGGCCAAAGUCAAUAUCGACGAGGCUGACACGUUAAUUGGAGAAACUGCCCUGACAAUUGCCUCCGCCCAUGGAUCGACGGCUACAGUGUCAGCUUUGUUAGCCAGAGGGGCGAAUCCCACAGCUGUUAAUUCCAAAGAAUUAUCUCCACUGAUGCUGGCAGCCAGAGAGGGCCACUGGGGGACUGCGGAACGUCUUCUCCAGUUUGACUCGUCGAGUUCAAGGGGUUCGGCUGAGGGGGACGUGCCGGGACUUCUCCUCGAGCAAAGGGACAACAUGGGACGAACCGCGCUCAUGAUUGCUGCCUCUGAGGGCCACACCAAUUUAAUUGACUUGUUCUUGGAGAAGGGCGCUGUGCUCGAGGGAGUCGAUAAGGAGGGACUGACUGCAUUGGGCUGGGCGUGUGUCAGGGGGAGAAUUUCUGCUGUGCAGUGUCUCUUGGAUCACGGUGCUGAUAUCGGAGCUAAUGACAAGACUGGCAGGACGCCUCUGGAUCUCGCUGCGUUUCAGGGGAAUCCGAAGUUGGUGCAAUUGCUGUUGGAGAGGGGAGCUGCCGUUGAACAUGUGGAUUUGAACGGGAUGAGGCCACUGGACAGGGCUAUUGGUUGUAGAAAUGUACCUGUGGUGCAGUGCUUUUUGAGGAGGGGUGCCAAGUUGGGCCCUGCGACGUGGGCCAUGGCCCAGGGAAAGCCCGAUGUGCUGUUGAUACUCUUGAAUAAAUUACUGGAGGACGGCAAUGUGCUUUACAGGAAGGAGAGGCUCAAGGAGGCUUCUCACAGGUAUGCCUAUGCGUUGAGAAAGUUUCCUGGGGCACCUGAGCAGGUCCACGAUGCGCAGAGCCAGGAGGGCAGCAAUCUGAUCCUUCAUCUGCAAACUUUCACACAGUUGAAGCUCAAUUUCCUGCUCAAUCUGAGCAGGUGUAAACGUAAAAUGAAUGAGUUUGAGGAAGCUGUGGAACUGGCAGACGAGGCUUUAAAUAUCCGUCCAUCGUCCUAUGAGGCCUUUUACGCUCGUGCGAAGGCGAGGGUCGAUUUGGGACUUUAUGAAGACGCCCUGAUCGACGUUCAAGAGGCUCUACAAAUAGCUCCAGUCAACAACCGACAAGAUCGACGAGUUCUGUGCGCCUUGAAGGACGAGGUAGUGUCGAGGAUAGAGGGCACGGGAAUGGGAUGCAGCAAAACAGUCGUUGACGUGACUUCCAGGAGAUUCAGGGCAUCUGUGGAUACGCUGACCGAGCUUUAGAAUUCCUCUCUGCAUGUGGCCUCGUUCGACUUCCUUUCGAUCGAUAUUUACGAUUGGAGGGGGAACGCGCAUGUGCGGAUAUCGUUGAAACCUAUUUAUUAUUGAUGAUUCUCUACUUUGUUAAUUAUUGAAGCUUCCAAUCUAUUCCAAAGCUUUGCAAAAAAAUUGAAAAACUGUUUUUAAGAUAUUUUAAUUAAAUUAAAUUAUGAAUUAUGUUUUUUAUGCUCUCCAUUCGCUCAUUCGAUUGGACAUCGAACGCAGAUUAUUUGAUUUAAACGUAUCGUGUAUCAUACUGGUAGCACAACUGGUUCUGUUUCGAUUGGUUUUUCUUUCAAACCACAUGUAUCGGAGAAGGUGAGAUAUUUUGUCGUUUCAUUUUUCAGUAUUUGUUUCGAAUUUUAAGAGUCGUAGAUAUUUAAUGGAAUGAUGAAUAUUCGGAGCUUAAGAGGCAACAAUUAUCAGUAUCAUUUGUAGAUUAUUAUUCAAAUGUAAUAAAUUCGUGAGAGAAAAAGAAAUUAUAUUGUGUCACAUUACCUUUUAAUGACGAACGUUUUUAUUGAGAAUAAAGAAAACAACG